UGUGUAGGUAAGUGGGACAUAAAUUGGCAUUAAAAACGCCUUUUUGUGCCCACCACAGGGACUGUAGUAUAUUAACACGACUACAAUACCCAUAAUUCCGUUACAGACAGUUGUGUUUGACGUGGUUGAAUCACUGGCGGGACGAAAAAAAUUCCAGCAAACGAAUUUGGCCACUGAAGUCUCAACAUCGUUAUAAUUUAUAAUGGUCAGAUGAAUCUCUACAUUUACGGACACUUCACCCAUUUUUGAAGAUAGUUUAUAAACUUGACAGAGAGAAAUGGUGGCCAGGGGACAGAAGCGUAAGCGCCAGGACGAGGGUGGUGGGUCUUCGUGGGAAAGUCAGCUGCAGUCAGUAUUGGAUAUCUCCAUGGAUAAGUUCCAUCGUGACCAGACUCUCGUGGAGCCCAGCUUAUUACGCUCUGUUCUUAUCAACAACACACUGCGGCAAGUUCAGUCUGAAGUUAGAGUGCAGGUACAGUCACUGUCUGCUGUUAAGUUUCCCACAAAAUCACAGACUCAAACAGGGUUGCCGCUGGAACCUGUUCUCUACCAAGGGUCCCCCCUAACUGGGCAUAAUGCACCUCUGUACUCCUCAAGCGCUGACGAUUUCAUAUCCUAUUCUUUAGAGGAGGAUUUCUCUUUAUCUGCAGCCAUCUCUGCGAUUCUCAAAGAUCUAGAUGCAGUCAUAGAUGGUGGUCAAGGGCCAUGUUUAUCUCAGCGGGCUCCUCUUGGCUCCAUAGAGAAUGUCACAGGAGAUGGAAGGUUCACGCAGUAUCCACUAUCAAGUUUGAGAACAUCUGAAAUAGCAUCAUCCAGCAAAACUGAGGUGAUGUAUACUAGUUGUCCUCAGGAUGUGGCUUUAGAUAAACUGCUCCUGGACUUUGACACAUCUGUGUUUGAACCAGAGGUGAACCUUCUCGGAGUGCAAAGUUUCUCUGUUACAAACAAUGAUCUGGUCAAGUAUCUGCCAUCUCUGUCCAAAUCCUCCACCUCGUCAGCAUCCUCUUCCUCAUCUUCAAUCUCUCAUGGUCAGGCCACAUGGGAAGUCCAUGAGAUUGAGCAUGUUAUGGACAUCCUGAUGCAAACUUACCCACAGAGUUGAUUUUUAUGGUAUCAUGUUCAUGACAUUGAGAUUAUAGAUUAAUUUUGAUAACAAAUGUUUAGCUGGAGUUAUUCAAUAUAAAAAAGUUUGUAUGGGGUGUACUUAAGAAAUUUCCACUUAAUUGCACAAGAUUGUGUUCUCUACAUGUUUUUGACUUGAUACCUCCUGUCUACCAACUUGUGUGCAAAAUAUUUGACCUCAUUGUUAGUUUAUGAUGAAGAGCAGUCUUUAGUCUUCUUGAUGGAAUAUACAGUAUAUUUACUUAACUUGCCCCUAUAUAUUUAUUUCGUGAAGAUUCAUCCUUAUAUUUCAACUGGGAUGUCAAUUAAGGUUGUUCUGAGAAAAGUCCAUAUUACUCUGUCAUACAUGAUUGCUUUGAGAUAGAGUCCAGCAAGUCUGUUCAAAUGUAAUUUUGUUUAUUUUUGUUACAGUAAGUUGUUCUCAAAGAUGUAAUGCACUUUUCAGUGAGUUGAUCCCAAAAAAAUGAAUGGAUGAUUUGAGUAAUGUAGAUUGCAGGUUGCCAUCAAGAGUGUAUCCAACUGGAAACAGGAUUUAGGUGGACAAACGUCAUUAAAAUGUAAGAUUUUUUGUUUAAUGCUUCUAUAAUGUGCAGUAAAUAUGUUACAUGAUCAUUAUGAAUAUACUGAUGUUUUUUUCAACAGACAAACAUGAGGUUACCUAUGCAAAAUAUUUACUGUUACUUUAGAUUUACAUUGACACUAUGAAUUUGUCAUUUCAAUACAAGUCUUUCACUAUAUUCUAUUGUUAUACUUAAAAUUAAAGUUGUACUUGGUGAAACCUCGUGGCUUGAU